GGUAGCAUGAACUGAGGUAGAGAGGCAGAUCUCUGCUGCAGCCAGAGGCUUGGCCAGGGUCGUUGGUUCAUUUUUUCUGGUGUUCAUUGAGUGUCUGACUGUCCUAGGCUGAGGGAUAGCAUGAGCGUGCUGCUGUCUGUCCCCUGCCCUCUCUGAGCUGCUCAGGGGCUAAAGGAGAUUGGCGCACAGUCCCUACUACUUUGACAUGUGCUCUCAACCAGAAAGAGCUUUGGGAGCGCAAAGAAGCAAGGCUUUAAACCAAGUACAGAAUCAGGCCAGGGAGGAAGUGGUUCUGUAUUGCUGUCCAAGCUCACUUUACUUGGAACACGGGUAUUUACAGGAGACAGGUUGUCUUGGGUAGCAUCGCCGCAGACAAACAUGGACAUUUCGAAAGGCUUCCAUCUUUUUUUUUUUUUUCCUCGGUGCUGGGGACCGAACCCAGGGCCUUGCGCUUGCUAGGCAAGCGCCCUACCACUGAGCUAAAUCCCCAACCCCGGCUUUCAUCUUUUAAGGAAAUGGCCGAUCUGAGAUAAUAUUUGAGAGCUUCUAACAAGAGGUCCUUGGCCAACACAUUCCUUUUUUGUUAGGUAGACAAAUUGAACUCUUUCAGUCCUGUGUUGCCAAAGAGGAAACCAGGGUGUGAGAUUCAACAGAUAAGGCAAGAUUUCACCUGGUAAACAAGAUGGGCGGGUGGUCUGAGGAGGGUGGGAGCACAGAGGCCUGGAGGGAGGAGGCUCACGUACUUGUGUGUGCUUGGACUCACCGUGCGAUGGGGUCGUUCACUGUGACUUGGUACCUGUGUCCUCCUAGUUGGGCAUCUCAAGUAAGUCAACCAGCUUGAAUCACAGGGGUGAGGAAGUCACCCGUUUAUGCUUCCUCCAUAGAGUGGCCUUUUAGGGGUAGCCUUGUUACAGCAGCUGAGCUGAGGCUUAGACAUCGGUGUUUGUCAGCCUCCAGUGUGAUGCUGCUUCAUGUGGGUCAAACCUCCCUAGGCUCAGCUGUACCUGACUCACCAGCCAGUUCUGAGGGGUCUCUACGAGAGCAGGGCACCUGAGAUUAUAUCCUGGAAGGGCCUCUGGGGUCAGCUUGUAGAAGGAAGGACCUGGCUCCCCUGAUACUGUGCUGGGCUGAGCCUUCUUCCUGGAAGGGAGCUGUGGAGCUGCCUGUGGACUGCUGAGACUGCCCCCAGCACAGAUGGGAGCAGGCAGAGAGGGGGACCCUAGUGUUCCUGUCUGUCCUCCCUACAGGACACAUGGGGAAGAUCAUCCUCCUCCACAUCCACCCAAUCUCGGUGAUUUCUUGUUUCAUUUAGAGCCUUGUAACUUUUGUUCUUGUGGUUGUGCCCGGCCUCCCUCCCAUCCUGUUUGCAUACCCUGACUGAGCAAUCGAAAAGGCAGGCCUGGGCCUGCCUUCCCCUGCCAUCUACCCUCUGUGGAAGCCCUUGUAAGUCCAGACUCUGCAGGCCCUGGGCCCUCGAUUCCCCUCUGCUGCGCUGGGACUUGUACUCUGGGCUUCAUUCUCUGUUCUGACACUUUCCCAGGUUAUUCCUACCUUUCUAGAAACCCCCACUCCCACCUCGGCUGAUCCUAUAAUAGGCUCCCACUAUGUAGUGCUCUCCAGUACAGACUGUGUUUGUCCUUCCUGUGCUCAGUCAGAAGGUAUUGGGGCCACCAACUAAGUAUUGAGGUGCUGAGGUGCGGAGGCUGCCUCCUAGGAGGGAUGGACAGACCUCAAGCAAGACCACUGUUUUCUGGUCUUCCCUUCCAGAGAAAGGAUGGAGACCCUCCCCCAGACUCCAGAAAGGAAUAUGAUUUUUACAGUAGCAACCGACACGGUGAUGACCUCCAGGAGAUCUGUAGACCAUUUUGCAGUGGGUCCCCACCACAUUUCCCUGGGGAGGGAGCGCCCAAUAGUCACAGUGCAAAGGAGAUGGGAAAGCACCGGCCUGGUCAGGGCUGACGAUAGCAUGGCCCUGCGCUCACACCUCACUGCUUCAUGUCAGGGCGAGUGCGGUGCUGGGCUAAAGCUCUUUUGGUGUCAUGUCAGCCUUAGGUGAAGGAUUCCUGGAAUGGAACAUAUCCAGCAGUACACACUCCACAAGCUACCACAGGUCGCUGGGCACAAAAUGGGCAGACCCAAUCUCAUGGGGAGUAUUGGAACCUGGUUUACCUGUUUGCUUGAGGUCACAGACCAGGGUGCCAGGGACAGAUGCACACUCUAUCCUGUGCCCACACCUACCCACCAGCUUUGUGCGGAGCUGUGUAGGCACGUGUGCACCAGGCACACACGUGCACACACACACACACACACACACACACACACACACGAACACUCGCACACACCGGUGCGUACCACACACUGACUCUUAGGAUUAGCAGUCACUGGUGUCUUUGUUUUUUAUUAGCACAUAUCAAAUAUACACAAUAUGUUUAGCGAUGACAUUUUUUUUUCUUUUUUUUUUUUGGUUCUUUUUUUUCGGAGCUGGGGACCGAACCCAGGGCCUUGCGCUUCGUAGGUAAGCGCUCUACCACUGAGCUAAAUCCCCAGCCCCUAGCGAUGACAUUUUAUCCAUGUGUAUAACGACUUAUGUAUUUAGUGAUGACAUUUUAUCCAUGUGUAUAACGUCUUAUGUUUACCCGCACCACUCCCCUUUUGUCGACUCCCACUGGUCACCUGUUCUUUGUUAUUUCGGGGAGCUAAUGACUUCUGUUAGCCUUACUUAUAGGAGCACCAGUAAGGGGUCGUUUACUGGAGCAUGGCCACUUCAUCAGUGGCUCCACUGUGGAAGUGGAGCCCAAGCAUUGAGUGUCUGUAGAUCCUCAGGGGAGCGUGGGAGCCUCCUUGCCCCCUUCCCACAGUGCCUUUUGGCAGAGGACUUGGGUACUAGGUCAAUGUCACCUUUGUUCUUUUGUCUGGGUUUGAAUUUGUUUUCAUGAGGAACAGGAGAUCUUGUUUACGGUCAGAGAAAUUGGACCACUCUUCUCCUGGCUGGGACAUCAUCUAGGUAUAUCUCAAAACUUGGAGGGGAUAGCAUCCAUGAAGGCGGGUAUCACAGUUUGGGGUACAGCAUGAAGGAGACGCGGAAAGAAACUUCCUUGGUUCGUAAAGGAGAAAUGGCUGACCUCAGACGACUCCUUAGUGGAGCAGGGGAUAGAGAUCAGCUCACCGACUUGUGUGGUGACCACUUCCUGUCUGGGCAUCGAGACUGGCAGGAGAAGUGGUUGCCCUGGCUCACAGCUUUGUUCUGACAGAGGUCGCCUGCUUAACUGCUGGGCCCCUGUCUCCCAGAGUUGUGAGGGAGUUGUGGGAUUUGCAGUUGUCCCAUUUGUCGUAGGGGGAUUUAGCAGUUUCCUAGACAGCUGUGUCCAUACGUGGCCAAGCAGGAAGUUCAGGUGCUCUACGUGAAUUCCAGCCAGCCCAGCCCAGGUGAGCUGUGUCUCCCACACCUCAUUCUAGACAGCGUGCGUAGGACACACCUGUGGCUCAGGUGAGGCGACAGCCUGCCUGGACGGUUGCCCAGCUUCCCUUCAGAACGCGGCUUCCCUUAGAAGACUGUCUCUACAGUUCAAAAUCCAACAGACAAACAAGCGUUUGGAAUGUUCCCUGUGUGUACACUGGGGACUUCCUGUGUGAUAUUUCUGGGCAUUUCGGCCAGGCGCUGUUAUGACCAUCUGUCCUCAUUCUGCUGGGUUGGGCUCCCUGAGCCCCAGACCGUCUCCUGCAGGAAAAUCCAGAUUGGGGAUGUGGUAGGACCCACCCUGCUCUGACCCCCACUCCCUGCUCCCCUUGAUCUCCUGGGGUAGCCAGCAGGGAGGGUAGGCUGGCUGAGCCAACCCAAGCAGAGGCCUUGGAUCCCUCUGCCUCUGAAGCCGGUCACAGACUCCUCCAGCGAUGGUAUGAGUGAGCGCUGGCUGGUGUGAGUGAGCUUGGGCUGGUGCUUGGCUUGAGGCUGCAGCUCAGGGCUGGUGGGCCUCGGUCAGGCUGGUCACAUGACCUUACGCUGCCCCCGCUCUGCUUCAUCCUCCCUGCAUCUUACUUCACCUGCAUGUGAGUCCUGCCAGCCAGGCGGAGCGAGCACAGAGGUCGCAGACGCAUUUUGUUUCAGGAAGGCCUGCUUUCCCGUUUCCUCCUGUGUGGUUUCCCCAGUGUGACUGCAGCCCCCACGUGCUUCCUUCCUGUCCAGGAAGAGGCAGAUUUCCCACUGUGAGAGUUGGAGACGAUCUGCCCUUCUAGUGAGACCUGCCCUACCCUUUCAGGACAGGGACAGGAUGGAGCUGUUCUUCCUUUGUGGGAGGCACUGUCACCGCCACCAGGGCCUCCUGCUGAGUUUGCGGGUCACCUGUUAGCAAGUGAGGCUUGUGGGCAGGAGUCUGGGAAGAGUCCGAGAGCCUCUGCGUGGGAUGGCUCUUUUUCAGGAGGUGCCAACUGUCUGUGGUGACACCAGCUGUCAAGGGGCCCCGGCAUUUCCUGGAGCUCUGAGCUCAGCAGAUGGCUUCCUAAAAUUACGCCCUGCUGGCAGACUUGGAGUCCACCACCUCCCACAUCUCCAAACGGCCAGUGUUCUUGUCAGAGGAGCCCCCCUACUCCUACCCAACUGGAAACCACACUUACCAGGAGAUUGCAGUGCCACCUCCGGUCCCACCGCCCCCAUCCAGCGAGGCCCUCAAUGGCACAGUCCUGGACCCCUUAGACCAAUGGCAGCCUAGUGGUUCCAGAUACGCUCACCAGCAGCCUCCAUCCCCAUCGCCCAUAUACAGCUCCAGCACCAAAAAUUCCAGUGCCUCCAACCCUCAGGACAGUGUCGGCUCCCUUUGUUCCCGAGCAGGCGAGGAGGAACACGUCUACAGCUUCCCCAACAAGCAGAAGUCAGCAGAGCCGUCACCCACCGUGAUGAGCUCCUCCCUGGGCAGCAACCUCUCUGAGCUGGACCGGCUGUUACUGGAGCUGAACGCAGUGCAGCGUAGUCCUUCCGGCUUCUCUGCAGAUGAAGCAGAAUCGAGCCCCCCAUUGCCCGGUGCCCUGAGUCCCCUUUAUGGCGUCCCGGAGAGUAACAAUCUCCUGGGGGGCAAAGCAGGGCCGCUCAUGAAGGAGAAGCCAAAGCGAAACGGAGGCCGGGGGCUGGAGGAUGUGCGGCCCAGUGUGGAGAGCCUCUUGGAUGAGCUGGAGAACUCUGUGCCCAGCCCCGUCCCGGCCAUCACUGUGAACCAGGGAGAGAUGAGCAGUCCACAGCGAGUCACCUCCAGCCAGCAGCAGACCAGAAUCUCAGCCUCCUCUGCCACCAGGGAGCUGGACGAGCUCAUGGCUUCAUUGUCAGAUUUCAAGACUAGCACUUCUGCUAUGGUGCUGAGCUCCCAAGGGCUGCUGCCCGGCUCUACUCCACCUCUGCCCCUCACCCUUCCUCCUCCUCCCACUAAAUCCUCCCCUGAAGACCACACCCCAGAGGUCCUCCACACAGAAGGAAAUGGUCAGGUCCUUUCACCUUCUGUGGCUCCCAGAUGGCUAGGGUUGGGUAGCCUUGAGGAGACAUCUGACACUCAGAACUCAAGGCAUCCUUCUGUGGUGGCCUCUCGGCAGUCAUGUGAUGCAAAGAGCCAGGCUCAAGUCAGGCCUCUCCUCUCAGGCUCCAUGGGGCCGCCCUUUGGGACUCCCCCAUGCCAUACUCCAUACCCUACUGGGAGCACAGCAUCCCAGGGGCCAGUGGCCACCCAUGUGUGUUUAGAGGAGACUGCGGGUCCCACUGGGAGAUGGCCACAGGCUUUGACAGCGUCCAAGCCUGAGAUUCCCCAUGGAGUGACUUACAGCUUUCAGGAAGGCAUUGAGCCACCCGCUGUGGCAGUGGACAGGCAGGCUGUCCUCCCUGACACCUGGGCUCUCACCCAGGAGUGUGGCCUGCAGGAGAGAGUGCAGUCAGAACCAGGGGGCCUGGGAAGCUCGUGUCCUGCCCUGGGGCACAAGGAGCAGCUAGGUGGGAAGCGUCCCUGGAAGGGAGGCCUUGGGGGACCCACUGAGGCCCUCGAGAACCCAGGGAAGCCAGAAGGUUCCAUGGAAGCUGCUCUGGAGCCCAGGAAGGAGCAGCCGGAGCUGUCUCGUGCCAUGGCCCUGGGGACCCCCAGCACCUCGGAGAGGAUUUCCACCUCUGGGCAGAUCCGCUCUGUGAUCAGGAGGAGCCGGGAGACAGGCCACGUACAUCCCAUGUCCCGGGAACCCUCCCCUCGCCGCAGGCUGGACCCUGCCACCCUGAGCAGGAACCCAUCCCAGGAGCAGCUCAUUGCAGAGCUGCAGGGCCGGCUGGGUAUCCAGCUGGCGGCAGAGGAGGAGGCCGGGGCCUCUGCCCAGGACUGGCUGACCGAAGGCGUAGUUAUCACCGUGCAGCCUCGAGGGAGGCAGGCCGGGGGGCAGCUGGUAGAGAAGGUUGUCUACCCUCCUGACUCCCCCAUCCCCCUGAGAAGAACCACCUCUGUUGUAUCUCCUCCUCCUCCUGCCCCUUUGCUCCAGAAUCACCCUGACACUUCGGCCAGCAGCUCUCCUCUCCAGCCCAGCCUGCCCACUCCCUCCUGUCCAGGGCCCUUGGCUGGUUCUUCUGCUUCUUCUGGGGUCCAGACUGCAGGGGAAAAGCCCCAGGAGGAGGGUGGGCGCGGCCCUCCUGGUCUCACUUCUGUGCCCCACACCGUGAGGUCUGUGGGCUGCCAGACCAAUGAGGACCCACUCUUCCACCCGAUGCAGAUGCAGGGCCUGGAACAGAGAGUGGAUGUAGAGCGGCAGUGGGCAGCCGGCUGGCCCCCCAGCAGCAGGCAGAGCAGCCCUGAAGGGCAGGACGAGGGAGGGUUCAUGGCCCAGGGGAAAACCGGGAGCAGCUCGCCUCCUGGGGGCCUCUCAAAACCUGGGAGCCAGCUUGACAGCAUGUUGGGGAGUCUGCAGUCCGACCUGAACAAGCUAGGGGUCGCCACCGUUGCCAAAGGGGUCUGUGGAGCCUGCAAGAAGCCCAUUGCUGGGCAGGUGGUGACUGCCAUGGGGAAGACAUGGCACCCCGAGCACUUUGUGUGCACCCACUGCCAGGAAGAGAUUGGAUCCCGGAACUUCUUCGAGCGGGACGGACAACCCUACUGUGAAAAGGACUACCACAGCCUCUUCUCCCCACGCUGCUACUACUGCAACGGGCCCAUCUUGGAUAAAGUGGUGACAGCGCUGGACCGCACGUGGCACCCGGAACACUUCUUCUGUGCCCAGUGUGGAGCCUUCUUUGGUCCAGAAGGGUUCCACGAGAAAGAUGGCAAAGCCUACUGUCGGAAGGAUUACUUCGACAUGUUCGCGCCCAAGUGUGGCGGCUGUGCCCGUGCCAUCCUGGAGAACUACAUCUCGGCCCUCAACACCCUCUGGCACCCUGAAUGCUUUGUGUGCAGGGAGUGCUUCACACCCUUCGUCAAUGGCAGCUUCUUCGAGCACGACGGGCAGCCAUAUUGUGAGGUGCACUACCACGAGCGUCGCGGCUCACUGUGCUCCGGCUGCCAGAAGCCCAUCACCGGCCGCUGCAUCACCGCCAUGGCCAAGAAGUUCCACCCCGAGCAUUUCGUGUGCGCCUUUUGCCUCAAGCAGCUCAACAAGGGCACUUUCAAGGAGCAGAACGACAAGCCCUACUGUCAGAGCUGCUUCCUGAAGCUCUUCUGUUAGGCCCAUUCCUGCCACCCGCCCCUCCCCAGCCAGCGCCACCCACUGCCACUGUGACCCAGGGGUGACGGGCCAAUCCAACACAAACUGGAACUCGUCCUCAGCAGGCGUAGGGUAGGACACUGUGGCUGUCCUGCCUGUUUCUCAUCCCUACCAGAGCCAAAGGGGCCUCCUCCCCCUCCAUGGCUCUCCUGGGCUCUGUGCACUUCAUCUUCACCAGAGGUGGAAGCUGCAACCCAGUUGUCCCCGUGUAUGUCCCCAAGAGCCAGCACCCCACACUGGAGCCAUUCAUAGUCACCUUUUAGCAGUGCGGUCGCUAGGAGGGCAGAGAGGGUCAGCUAGGAGCUCUUUUAUCCGUCUCCAAACCUCAUUACCCUAGUGUAUUGGGGACACCGGGCCCUUGUAGACAGUGCCAGCAUAAACUCACCCACAGGCCACUGAAGGCACCCUGGGUGCCAGCACCCAGUCUCCCAGAGUCUGUGACUGCCCCGGGUCUCCGAGAAAGGUUUCUCCAGCAAUAACAUUUUAUAUAGACACACGCUUCAUCUCUGGGGACGGCGUGAGGUGGGAGUGUCACCCGCCCCUCAUCACUGUACCAACUUUGAUAGAUUUCUACACUGAGGUCCAACUUCGUACUGCUAAGUUGCUUUUAUGUAUCUCCACAAGAUGACUGAAGAGAUUUAAAGAACGCCCCUUUUGUACUCUCGUCUGCCCGCUGCCGCUGGCUCAGCCAGUGGCCUUGGUUUUGGUGUGGACUUCGCUUUGUACUGAGCUUGGGGUGGGGAAACAGUUUGUAUCUUAUUUUAUUUCUUAGCACAAUGAGUUGGGAGCAGCUCUGUAAUGACUUCUGUAACCUCACAGCUCCCAGGACUGUUUUUUAAACUGCUGUAUUCUCAAACCCUUCCCUUACUGCCCAGGCCAACACUUUUCAUUAAGAACUGGUCCAAGAAUGUUCAGCCCUUUGGACCUGGAAUUUUGAACCUCAUGUGUCCUGUUCCCAAGGCAGGCAAAGGGGAAAGACAUCCUGCCUACGUAAGCCAUCGGGAGCCAGCCUCUGUUCUCUGUGAGCUCCUUGGCAACAAGGAGAACCCGCCUCAUUGCUUCUCUGGGGCUCCCUCUUCUGCCUUCUCAGGAAAGCUGGUGUCUGACUUUGACUAGGAAGAUCAUAAAGGGUCUCUAUUCUCAAUUCUACUGGGUGCAUCUCUCCCUCAAACUCCGGUGACCGGGGCAAAGGCUGUUUGUUCCCUCUCACAGUAGGGCAUGUCUGGGGCACGGGCGUCUGAGAAGAAUGUUCCAAGUUGGUAUGAGGGAAGCUGGCAGGGUUUGGGGCAAAGGGACACGAUCCCGUUGUUAGAGCAACAGGAAGUCCGUCCCAGAGCUCCCAUUCCAAAGGAUGAGAUGGGAGCAGCCAGCUUGGAAAAAAAAGCUCCUGGAAAAGGCACUCUGGAAGGUUCCAUAGGCUGGGGACCUACACAGUACAUCAGCUUCCUAGCAGAGGCCCAGUGUGAUGGGGUCCCAGACAAGGGUCCUCAGUCAGGACUGGGCUAGCAGCAGCCCAGCUCAAGGUCAGCUUGGGCGCUGCAGACGACACCGACCGACACUUCCACCCACAGGCCUUACUGCUCUGUUUACAGUGACCUACCUGCUCCAGGCCCCUCCAAGAAGAGACUGGGGUACCUGGAGGGCCAUUCUCUGGGUCAUGGAUAUAUGAUCAUUUGAUUUUUUUUUCCUUACCUUAAACCUCUAACCUGGCUUUUCCCAUUUCAACUCCUGUGAUUUAUGCCAAUAAAGUUUGCCAUGAUUUUCACCCGA